AUGGACCACGCUCGACACCGUCCAAUCGACCAUGACCCUGAAGACAACGUUAAGGAUAGCAGCAGAGAAUGUUCCAGGAACGAUGAAAACCUGCCACUAUUACAGAAGAGAGUUCCGAAUGUGGGGUUAAAUUCGAGCCGCUCGGUUUCAAUCAUCAUUUGUGUUUCCGCUACAACAUUGAUCGGGUGCAUGUUGUCCGGAAUGGUGACAAUAGCCACACCACAGAUUGGAGCAGACCUGAACCUGGGUGCCGACAAGAUCCUCUGGCCGGUAUCCAUGUACCAUCUUGCUAGCGGCUGUACGCUCCUGAUAGCUGGCUCCCUCUCUGAUGUCAUAGGGUGUAAGACUGUAUUCCUAGCGGGUUGUUUCCUGCAAAUGAUUUUCUCCACGGCGUGCGGUCUAUCGAGAACCGACGAUGAGCUCAUUACUGCACGAAUUUUCUCGGGUUUGGCCACAUCUCUAUGCCUGCCCUCUGCUGUGGGACUUAUCACGCAAAGCUUCCCUCACGGUCCGAUGAGAAACCUCGCGUUCUCCUUCAUGGGCGGAGGGCAGCCUAUCGGCUUCGGAGUUGGGUUAACACUCGGAGGAAUUCUAGUUGACACUCUUGGGUGGCAAUGGGGGUUUCACUUUGUUGCCAUUUCAAACGCUAUUGUCCUCAUGUUGGCCUGGUAUACGCUCCCACCUAAGCCAAGUGACGCGCCACCGCUAUCUUGGAAUCGUUUGCUAUCCGAUAUCGACUGGGUUGGGGCAUUUCUCAUUAGCUCUUCGAUGCUAUUACUUUCCUAUUACCUCUCUGUCAUCACAGAGAACACGUCCCAGAUGGUCGAGGGCGCCAAUGUCGCUAUGCUGUGCGUAUCCAUCGUCCUAGGAGCUACAUUCUUUUUUUGGGUCGACUUCCAGACCCGUCGCGGCCAACCAGUCCUGGUUCCCAACGUCCUUUGGCAGAGUAAACGAUUCACCUCCAUCUGCAUCAACGUGUUCUUAAUCUGGGGUGCUUUCAACGCCUUUGAGCAGGUUGCCAACUUCGUUUUCCAGGACGUACAAGGUCUCAGUGCCCUUACGUCUGCAUUUCAGUUUCUCCCUGUUGCUCUCUCGGGCUCAGUGACAAGUAUUAUUACGGGGCUUCUACUCCACAAAGUACGCGCUGACUACCUCAUGUACAUCACGAUUGCACUCUCAACCUUCUCACCUCUUUUGAUGGCCAUCGCUGAUCCUGGGUGGUCAUACUGGACAGCCGCCUUUCCAGCUGUCUUUCUUAACUCAAUUGGAGCCGACUCGUUGUUCACAACGUCUAACCUUGUCAUUAGCUCGAUGUUUCCUCUGGAAAUGCAAGGACUCGCUGGGGGUGUCUUCAAUACUGUUUCGCAGAUUGGGAAGAGUAUGGGAUUAGCCGUGGUAGCACUGAUUGGGAAUACUGUUACACAACACUCCAAAUACGAAGAUAAGAAGGGUUUGGAGGCGUUAAUGGCAGGUUAUCGCGUAUGCUUUUGGGUUCUGUUUUGGUGUUAUGUUACGAGUAUUGCUGUAACAGUUUUUGGUUUCCAUCGGAUUGGUAUUAUCGGACACGCGAGGAAGAAUACAUUGUAA